CCUCGCUUAAGUUAAACUUAAUCCUCUACCCAUCACACAUAGGUGAAAAAGCUGUAGUAGAGUGCCCGUACGGACUGCACCAACCACAGAAACCGGUCUCCAUUCUUUGCGUAUUUGAAGCAAUUUGACAGUUUUCUUGUUGAAUAUCGACGGGUUUUUCAUCGUAAAAAAAUUAAAUACCUCGUCAGUUGCUUCUUUCCUGCCUUUUUCUCGGUAUAAAAAAACGGUGAUCUUUGUGUGUUUUAUUCUAUAUAUCGGUGCGUUUCCUGUUUUCCAGCGUCCUCUUUUUGGUUAAAAUUUAUCGAAAUUAAUUAUUUCGUUUUUAUUCAAUCCUUCCUUUUUGUUUGUUCUCUUUUAGACAUAAAACCUUUCACCUUCAGGGCCUUUGCGUCACAUUAGCAUUCCUGAUUCUUGUUAUCUAAAGAGGAGUAUUCAUUUUCUUUUCUUUUCUUUAAUUCUUUUUUUUUUUUUUUGGAAAAAUCAUUACUUUAAACAUAUAUCUGUUUUUGAACGCUCAAGUUUCUUCAAUUCAAUGGCUAAAUUCCAAAUUAGUGUUCCUGCUUCCUCGGCAAACAUUGGUCCUGGCUUUGAUGUGCUUGGUCUGUCGCUUGACUAUUCAAUGACUGUUGACGUGGAAACGUCUUCUGGUCCUGGUGAUUUUGUUCUCACUUACGAAGGUGACAGUGCUGAUAGCGUGUCUACGAAGCCCUCGGAGAACAUGGUCACGCAGGUGGCAUUGUAUGUGCUGCGCUGUAACGGCAUGGAAGACUUCCCUGUCGGUGUGCGUGCUCACGUCAAGAAUCCUAUUCCUCUCGGACGCGGUAUGGGUUCUAGUGCUUCGGCUGCGAUUGCUGGUGUGAUGCUGGCAAACGAGGUGGCCAAGCUUGGUUUGAGCAAGGACGAGAUGAUGGAUUACGUUCUGAUGUUGGAGCGUCAUCCAGACAACGUUAUGGCCGCCAUGAUGGGCGGUCUUGUUGCUUCCUUCCUCCGUGAGCUGAGCGAGGAAGAGCGUAAAGCUUUUGAGCCCUCUGAUGACGAUUUGCUCAAGCAUCGUGCAUUAACUAUCCCCCCUAAAAAACUUGCAUCUUACUUCCGUUUCCCUUGGAACCCUGACAUGAAGGCCAUCGUCGUUAUUCCCGAGUUCCACUUGGCUACCUCCAAGGCUCGUAGUGUGCUUCCUCAAACCUACAGUCGUGCCGAUGCCAUCUUUAACCUCCAGCGUUUGGUUAUGCUAACCGCCGCUAUCGGUCAGUCGCCCGUUCAAGCUGAUGUCGUUUGUGAAGCUAUGCAAGACAAGCUUCAUCAACCUUACCGCGCUUCACUCGUCCCCGGCCUCACUGAGAUCAUCAACACUUUAAAACCCGAAAAUCUCCCUGGUGUUUGCGGUUCCUGCCUGUCCGGCGCCGGUCCAACUGUUCUUGCUUUGGCUACCGCCAAUUUCGAGAAAAUUGCCGAGACUAUGGUUGGCAUUUUUAAGAAGAAUGGUAUCAAUUGCAGAUACCUUGUUCUUUCUCCAGCUUUUGGAGGUGCUUCCGUGACCUAUUCUUCAUAAGUCUAGGUUUCCUUAACCCGUUCUUUUCGUCAAAUGCUCGUGCGCAUAUACCGCACAUAGUAUUUGUAAUAGACAAGCUAUCUUUCAUGCACCUAUUUUGUUUCUUCGUUUAUAAGAGGUGUCAAAGAAGUAUUUUAUUAAACUAUUGACUAAGGAGUUCCUCCACAGCUUGUUGUUGCUCUCUCGUGUUGAUACUAUUACUAGCAUUAUUAUUUCUACUCCACGCACACCAAUGCUGUUUCCUAUCAGCUUUGGCUUGUUGACUUGUUAAUUAACCUUAUC